GAAAUUGAAACUAACUGCGUCAGUACUUAGAAUACUAUGGUGCAUGCCAACCAGGGGCACGGGACCCAGAGAACACAGUUGCUGAUGAACAGGAUGCUCCACUGACGCAUUAAUGUGCAACUAAGCACAUGUGCUAGCAGGACAUUAAGUGUGUUGAUCAAGGAGAAUGAAGAUUUUUGCAGCUACGGUUGAGGAAGGAAGAGAAGGUACAAAUGGCAAGCCAUCCGUAGGUCCGGUAUAUCGCAACCUCCUCUCCAAAAAUGAAUUUCCUCCACUGGAUUCUGAACUAAAUAGUGCUUGGGAUAUUUUCAGUGUGGCUGUUCAAAAGUAUCCUCAAAACCGUAUGCUGGGAUGGCGUGAAUUUGUUGAUGGAAAGAUAGGACCAUAUGUCUGGAAGACAUAUAAGGAAGUUUAUGAUGAAGUGAUGCUUAUUGGUUCUGCUUUACGAGCAUGCGGUGCUGAACCUGGCUCUCGAAUUGGAGUUUAUGGAUCUAACUGCCCUCAGUGGAUUGUGGCAAUGGAGGCUUGUUGCGCGCACAGCUUGGUUUGUGUGCCUCUUUAUGACACCCUUGGGGCUGGUGCUGUAAAUUUUAUCAUCGAUCACGCAGAAGUAGAUUUUGUGUUUGUCCAGGAUAAGAAGGUUAUGCAACUUUUGAAUCCUGAUUGUAAAUCUGUUCAGCGACUGAAAGCGAUGGUGUGCUUCACUUCAUUAACAGACGUAGAUAAGGAUAAGGCCAGCAGCAUUGCAAUUAAGUUAUAUUCAUGGAAAGAGUUCUUGUACAAGGGAAAAGAAAACCCAUCAACCAUUUUAGCACCUCAGGCUUCUAAUAUCUGCACAAUAAUGUAUACAAGUGGAACAACUGGAAACCCUAAAGGAGUUGUUUUGACACAUGAAAACAUAAUGUCUUUUGUAAGAGGAAUAGAUCUUUUCCUGGAACAAUUUGAAGAAAAGAUGACUGUAGAAGAUGUGUAUUUAUCCUUCCUCCCAUUGGCUCAUAGCUUUGAUCGCACAGUUGAGGAGUACUUUUUCCAUAAGGGUGCCUCUGUUGGCUACUACCAUGGGGAUACAAAUGCAUUGAGGGAUGAUUUGAUGGAAUUGAAGCCAACGUUCUUUGCCGGGGUCCCUCGAGUCUUUGAAAAGAUCUAUGAAGGCAUCAAGAAAGCAGUGGAAGAACACACUCCAUUGAGGAGAACAGUUUUUGGCAUGCUCUACAAAUACAAGCUUGCUUGGUUGAACAAAGGAUACAAACAGUGUAAUGCAUCACUGUUAGCAGAUCUGUUAGCCUUCAGAAAGGUCAAAGCUCAGCUAGGCGGGCGUAUUAGGCUAAUAGUAACUGGAGGCGCACCCUUGAGCUCCGAGGUGGAAGAAUUUUUGCGUGUUACUUCUUGUGCCUUUGUAUGUCAAAGCUAUGGUUUGACUGAAGCUUGUGGAGCCACAACUCUUGCCUUUCCUGAUGAAAUGUGCAUGCUUGGUACUGUUGGUCCGGUAUCUGUAUACAAUGAACUGCAGCUGGAGGAGGUUCCAGAGAUGGGUUACAAUCCUCUUGGAAGUCCUCCAAGUGGUGAGAUAUGUCUGAGAGGGAAAACUGUGUUCACUGGGUACUACAAAGACAUUGAGUUAACAAGGGAAGCCAUAAGAGAUGGAUGGUUUCACACAGGGGACAUUGGAGAAAUGCAACCUAAUGGAGUUGUUAAGAUUAUUGACAGGAAGAAGAAUCUUAUAAAACUUUCUCAAGGAGAGUAUAUUGCACUUGAGCAUUUGGAAAAUGUUUAUGGAAUCACUCCGAAAGUAGAAGAUGUUUGUGAUUUUUUUUUCUGGAAGAUCUGGGUUUAUGGAAAUAGCUUCAAAUCAGCACUAGUUGCAGUAGUAGUUCCAAAUGAAGAAAUCACCAAGAAGUGGGCAUAUUCAAGUGGUCACAUGGCUUCUUUCACUGAACUCUGCUCUCUUGAUCAGUUGAAGAAACAUGUGCUGUCUGGACUCAAGCUCACCGCUGAGAGAAACAAGCUGAAAGGCUUUGAACAUAUCAAAGGGGUCAUACUAGAGCCGCGUCCACUAGACUUGGAAAGAGACUUGGUGACUGCAACAAUGAAAAAGAAAAGAAACAAUUUGCUCAAGUAUUAUCAGGUGGAAAUAGAUGAAGUAUAUCGAAGUUUGACUGGAGAUGAACAUAAGAUUUGAGGUUCCACGAGGGAUGAGGCUGUUCAAUGUAAUAACAAAUUUAUACCAAUUGUUCCCAUCCCCAAACUCCCUCGGAUGUUUCUCGAUGCCAGUGUCGUGGUUCAAUUUCAUAACAAUUUGGCUAAAAAGCACUUUUGACCCCUGAUGUUUCAAGUUUGUGCAAAUUCUGUCCCUACUCUAUUUUUGUCGAUGUUUCUACCCCUCAUGUUUUCAAACAGUGCAUCGUCUACCCCUCAUGUUUUCAAACAGUGCAGUGUCUACCCCUGACGGAGGGGUAGACGGUGCACUGUUUGAAAAUAUGAGGGGUAGAAACAUCGACAAAAAUAGAUAGGGGCAGAAUUUGCACAAACUUGAAACAUCAGGGGCCAAAAAUGCUUUUUAGCCUAACAAUUUUAUAGCAAAUUUGUAACAGACGUUUUUCAUAUGGGAAAAAAAUAAUUCACUUGGGUGAUACACGUCCCUCAAACAAAGAGCAGAAUCAUGAAUGUGCACAUAAGGAACCUGAUGGCACAAAGGCCGUAUCCCCAACCAGAUUUGGAUCCUCUCAUGUGUGUAUUUCACAUGACAUGGUCAUCUGGUAGGAUCAUCACCAUUUAUUAAUUUUGAAGAAAUCCAAAAUGGUGGAGGAAGGAAGUUAUCAUUUUUAAUUU